CCCGGAUUUCCGGUUACGGGUGCAACGAACGGCCGCGGCGGCGACAGCUACAGCUUGAGCGGCUGCAGAGGAGGAAGAAGAGCAGGGCAAGGCGGGAGUCACAGGCGGGACCCUCGUCAUGGGUCCGCGAACCUAGAGCUACGAAAGCUACCGGCCCGGUGCCGAGCUGGCUGCUGCUCCUUCCCUUGUCCCCCAUGGCUGAGGAGUGGCUGGACUGCCCAGCCCUGGGCCCAGGCUGGAAGCGCCGUGAGGUUUUUCGCAAGUCAGGUGCCACCUGUGGACGUUCAGACACCUAUUACCAGAGCCCCACAGGAGACAGGAUCCGAAGCAAGGUUGAACUGACCCGAUACCUGGGCCCUGCAUGUGAUCUCACCCUCUUCGACUUCAAGCAAGGCAUCCUGUGCUAUCCAGCCCCCAAGGCCCAUUCUGAGGCUGUCCCUAGCAAGAAGCGGAAGAAGCCUUCAAAGCCUUCGAAGCCUUCGAAGCCUUCGAAGCCUUCAAAGCCUUCAAAGCCUUCGAAGCCAGUUAAACCUGGGAAAUGUCAGGUUGGACCCCAGAGAGUUGAGGUCAGAAAGGAGGCUCCAAGGGAUGAGACCAAGGCUGAUGCUAACACAGCCCCAGCUUCGCUUCCUGCGCCUGGGUAUUGUGAGAACUGUGGAAUCAGCUUCUCAGGGGAUGGUACUCGAAGGCAGCGGCUCAAGACAUUGUGCAAGGACUGCCGAGCUCAGAGAAUUGCUUUCAACCGGGAGCAGAGGAUGUUUAAGCGUGUGGGCUGCGGAGAGUGUUCAGCCUGCCGGGUAACUGAGGACUGCGGGGCCUGCUCCACCUGCCUUCUGCAGCUGCCCCAUGAUGUGGCCUCGGGGCUGUUUUGCAAGUGUGAGCAGAGACGAUGCCUGCGGAUUGUGGAAAAGAGCCGAGGGUGUGGAGUAUGCCGGGGCUGUCAAACCCGAGAGGACUGUGGCCAUUGCCGAGUCUGCCUUCGCCCUCCCCGCCCUGGUCUCAGGCGCCAGUGGAGGUGCGUCCAGCGGCGCUGCCUACGACAUCUUGCCCACCGCCUGCGUCGCCACCAUCAGCGAUGUCAACGACGCCCUCCCCUAGCUGUGGCUCCCCCUGCUGGUAAGAAACGUAGCCGUCGCAGGGGAGGCUGCGACUCCAAGAUGACUGCCCGGCGGCGCCCCCGAACCCAGCCACUGCCUCCGCUUCCCCCAUCUCAGCCUCCAGAGUCCCCAGAGCUGCGCCCCAGAGCCCUGGGCCCCUCGCCACCUGCCGAGUUCAUCUAUUACUGUGUAGACGAGGACGAGCUACAGCCUUACACAAACCGCCGGCAGAACCGAAAGUGUGGGGCCUGUGCAGCCUGCCUGCGGCGGAUGGACUGUGGCCACUGUGACUUCUGCUGUGACAAGCCCAAAUUUGGUGGCAGCAACCAGAAACGCCAGAAGUGUCGUUGGCGCCAGUGCCUGCAGUUUGCCAUGAAGCGCCUGCUGCCAAGUGUCUGGGCAGAGUCCGAGGAUGGGGCAGGUUCACCCCCACCUUACCCUCGUCGAAAGAGGCCUGGAUCUACUCGACGGCCCCAUCUGGGCCAUACCCUGAAGCAUCCCUUGGGUACUCCCAUAGCCCGACGAGAACAUGCCCAAACUCCAAUGAAGCAGGAGGCAGGCAGUGGUUUUGUGUUGCCCCCACCUGGCACUGACCUUGUGUUCUUACGAGAGGGUGCAACUAGUCCUGUACAGGUGCCUGGCCCUACUCCAGCUUCUACACAACCCCGCUUGCAGGUGAGGGCUCCACCUUAUCCUGCCCUUCCCAGCCCUGUCCAGCCUUGUUCCAGGAAGCUGGGACCAAGUCUGCUGCCAUCCUCCUUCACACAGGAGGCCCAGAGCCCUGGCCUGAGUUGGGUUGUGGCCUUACCCCAGGUGAAGCAAGAGAAGGCGGAUGCCCACGAAGACUGGACACCGGGUACAGCCAUCCUGACUCCUGUAUUGCUGCCUGGCUGCCCCAGCAAGGCAGUAGACCAAGGCCUGCCACGUGUGAAGCAAGAGCCACCUGACCCUGAGGAGGACAAGGAGAAGAGCAAGGAUGACUCAGCCUCUGAUUCAGCCCCAGAGGAGGCAGGAGGGGCUGGCACGCCAGUGAUCACGGAGAUUUUCAGCCUGGGUGGAACCCGCCUCCGGGAUACAGCAGUCUGGUUACCAAGGUCCAAGGGCCUUAAAAAACCUGGAACUAGAAAGCAGUAGACUGGAGGCUUCCGCAGACUGUAGGAUUCAAGGUGACAUUUACAGACCGGCUUUAUGAGAGACAACACUGAUCCAUCUACUCAGAGGCUGGACCAUAGAACGAUUGCCAGGGCUUGUGUAGAAGUCAGUAGGAACUGGAAAAACCCACCACCAAACCAGAGGAGCAGGCCUGUUCAGUCCUUUGAGCUUAUAGAGGAAGCAAGCAAGAAAGGAGGAGAGAGUAGAAAGUUGGUUGGUGUAUCUGCUCCAAUUGGUGCAAAUCCCAGAAGCCCGAGAGUGAUAAGUUUGGAUAUUAGGGGUGGAGGAGCUGGGGUUGGGGUCGGGGGAUAGAAUUAGAGCCACCGUAAAACAACCUAAACAAGCCAUCUUCGUAAAUAAUAUUAAGUGGCUUCUGGGUGAGACCUGGCAGUGUCUCUAAAUAUUUCCUCAGGGAAACAGCAUUUGAAAAUGUAAUGUGAAUAAAUAAGGAAAGGAACUGCAAUUUGGUGAGUUCUUCCUUAUGGACCCAGUUUAUUUCUCAGAACGGUCUUUUUAGGAAGACAAUGAUUUUGCCCAUUUUUGCAGAUGGAAAAACAGACUCAGAAAUUAAAUAACUUGUCCAAUGUCAGACAGUUAGUAUUGAUAGAGCCUAGAAUCAAACCAGGUUGUAAAAUCCCUGUUCUUUAAACCACUAACCUGUAAACUGUAAUCCCAAGUUCAAUGAUGUAAUAGUAUAGUAACAGAAGUUUCCAGCGACUCUGAAAACAAGGAUGAAUUUGAGCAUUAUAACAAAUCCCUUACACUGCUGUCUGGCGUGGUUUAGGGAGUGCGGAGGCUGUGUGGAUGUGGUCACCUUGUCAGAGCACCUGUGCACACAGGGACUGCGUUCUUUCCAGGCCUCUGGUGUUGCGUAGGGUUCCUCAAACCCUGAAGAGCACCCUUCCCCACUGGUUGCUGCCCAUUUGGUUUGUUUCCUUUACUCCUGCUCCUCAGCCAAAGUAGUCUUUUGAAGUAAAGCUCCAGCCUGGCUCA